GGCCUCGGCUUUAUCCCGCGAACUCCCCGCCACCGGGCCCAGCACCCCUUUUCUCCUUGCUCAGGCCAGCGUCUCCCCCGCCGCCCCGCCCCGCCCCGUGGCCUCGCCAGGCCCGGGCCCCGGUGACGUCACGGCCGGGGACUUCCGGUUCCCGCUCUCGGCCCUCAGAACCCUGGCGCCCGGUUGUGUGUUCUCGCCUCGACCCGAGCCUCGCUGGCUUCUGAUGGAGAGAGCGGCGCUGCGGGAGGAAGGUGCAGCAGGCACUAUUUCCGACUGCCAUCAUGGGCAUCCGCGGACUGAUGACUUUCGUGGAAGAUCACAGUAAUGAAUUCUUCACUGACGUGCAGUUGCGGGACACGAAAAUCAUCGUUGAUGGCUAUGCACUUUUCCACCGACUCUGCUUUAAUUCCAACCUGGAGAUCCGGUAUGGGGGGGACUAUGAUUCCUUUGCAGACGUUGUACAGAAAUUCUUCGAAUCACUGUGGGCUUGUAAUAUUUCUCCAUACGUUGUCCUAGAUGGAGGAUGUGACAUUUCAGACAAAAAGCUGACCACUUUAAAGGACCGAGCCAGAGAAAGGAUCCAGGCCGCCCAUUCUCUCUCUGUGGGUGGCGGCGGGUGUGUGUGUCCCUUACUCAUCCGAGAAGUAUUCAUACAGGUUCUGAUCAAGCUGCAAGUAUGUUUUGUGCAGUGCUUUUCAGAAGCAGAUCGGGACAUCAUGACACUUGCCAAUCACUGGAAUUGCCCCGUAUUAUCAUCAGAUAGUGAUUUCUGCAUUUUUGACCUGAAGACUGGGUUUUGCCCACUGAAUAGCUUCCAGUGGAGAAAUUUGAACACUGUAAAGGGAACACAAAACUACUAUAUUCCUGCCAAGUGUUUUUCCCUCGAUGCAUUCUGCCAUCACUUCAACAACAUGGACAGGGCUCUGCUCCCACUUUUCGCUGUGCUGUGUGGAAAUGACCAUGUCAAUCUGCCCAUUGUGGAGGCGUUCUUAAGUAAAGUACGUCUCCCUCUCAGUCCUAAGGGGAGGAGACACCACCGAGUGCUUGGAGUUCUGAACUGGUUGUCUCAUUUUGAUGACCCUGCUGAAGCGCUAGAUAGUAUGCUGAAGCACCUCCCCAAGAAGGAUCGAGAACGCGUUAAGGACCUUCUGUGCUCCUCCAUGGAGGAGUACCAGCAAUCCCAGGUGAAGCUACAGGACUUCUUCCAGUACGGCACUUACGUCUGUCCAGAUGCCUUGAACCUGGGAUUACCAGAAUGGGUGUGCUUGGCUUUAGCCAAAGGCCACCUGUCUCCCUUCAUCCGUGAUGCUUUGGUGCUGAGACGGACCUUUCUUCACACACAGGUAGAAAAUAUGCAGCGGCCAAGUGCCCACAAAGUUUCCCAGUCCAUCCGGCAAACCAUCUAUGGGCUUCUUUGGAAUGGUUCGUCACGUCCAGAAAGCAUGUCCCAGAAUGCAUUGCCUUCUCAGCCUGCAGCUUUCAGUGAAGUAGAAAGGAUUAGUAGAAAUAUCAAGACCUCUGUUGUUUACGCAGUAGAACUUCCCAAGGAUCAUUUUGACUUGAGCAAACUGACUGAGCUCCCCCUGGCCAGGCGGCAGGUGCUUCUGUUCGAAACCCUGAAGGUGACGCCAGCCGUCCUGGAGACCCUCCCCGCCUGUUUGAGGCUGCCCGCUGCUGUCACGUGCUACUGGUUGCAGCACGCGGAAGCCAAGAUAAAGCUGCAUCAUCUGCAGGCCUUACUGCUGGGCCUGCUGACGGGGCCCUUGCACGCCCUCAUCCACAGCGCCGGGAAGGACGAGCUGCGGGCCGGUGGCGCUGAGGCCUUGUAUGACGAGUUCCAAAGGGCGAAGGCGCUGAGGCCGGGCGCGAGGCUGGAUCUAGACACGGCUCACGGCUUCUGUCAGUGGCAGUGCUGUCUGCAGAUGGGGGUGUACCUCAACCAGCUGCUGUCCACGCCUCUCCCAGAGCCAGACCUAACUCGAUUGUAUAGUGGAAGCCUGGUGCAUGGACUGUGCCAACGGUUGCUGGCAUCGCCCUCCGUAGAAAGCCUCCUGAGCAUGUGUCCUGAGGCCAAACAACUUUAUGAACUUCUGUUCAAUGCCACAAGGACUUACGCCCCAGCGGAAUUAUUUCUACCUAAGGGUAAACCAAACGCAAAAGCAAAGAGGCAGAAGAAGAAGGCUGCCGGCGGGUCAAAGAACAGGGCGAGAAGCACUUCGGGCACCAGGCUGUGGCAUGUGGGAAGCAACCGGUUUGGGCCAUUAAUGGUUGAAGACUUGGAGGAGCAUAUUGAGGCCCCUGAGCUUGAGUAACCUCAGUCUGCAUCACAUCAGAUGUGUGACUUGAUUAAAACUUCCUUUUUCUCCUUUGAAACAACUUUUUUCUUUAGGACUAACCAACCUGUUAGAGCAUAAACAGAAUUUGUAACAGAUAACCUCUGAAUUCCAAAUUAUUUUGUAUUCUACUUUUAAUAAAUGCAGUUUAAGAAA